AUGAACCACACGAAGUAUCAUUCGAGGAACGUUCCGACUUGCAUGCUCACGUCUUCCCACGUCGAAUUUCGGGCUGUGGCUGUUUGGACCGCAGCCAGCGCCCAAGUGACGAUCGAAUGUAGCCGCGCUCUGAGACUAGUUCGGGUCGACAUGCCCGGAGGCGUGAUCCUCGGAGAAUCAGUUGCACUCAACUGUUCGUUUGAUCUGGAAAACGAUCAACUUUACUCGGUCAAGUGGUACAAAUUCAACCGCGAAUUUUUCAGAUAUAUUCCUUCGGAGAAUCCGCCCUCGAAAACGUACUUUCUGCCUGGAGUCUACGUCGACAAAAAAAAAUCCAAUAUGAAUACUCUCGUGCUGUCGAAGACGGAUCUGCAGACGGAGGACACCUUCAAGUGCGAGAUCAGUGCCGACGCACCCUCUUUUCAAACGAUAAGCGCAGAAAAAGAGCUCAAAGUCUACGUGCUCCCGAAAAAAGGACCAGAGAUCGUCGGUGUGAAAUCGCUGUACGCGCUUGACGACAUCGUCAAUGUGACCUGCCAUGCGGGACCGUCGAAACCAGCCGGGAAACUAGAGUGGUUCAUCAACGGAUACCAUCCCUCCGAAGAGGACGGAGCCUCUGAGGUGAUUUAUCCAAUCAGACGGCAAAACGGACUCAUGAAGUCUUCGUUGGGACUGACAUUCCGAGCUCAGAAGCGCCACUUCGACUACACAGGUGCGAUGAAGCUCAAGUGCACGGUCACGAUUUCCGAAUCUUUCUCCAUGAGCAGCGAGAAGAUCGUCGCCGGGAUCGACAGCAAAAACUACCAGAAAGAGAUCUCUGACGACGGACCGGUCAUAUACGGUGGACAGAAGCACUAUCACGUCGGAGACACGAUGAACGUUACGUGCAUGUACACUCGGCAAGGCAAGCCCGUAUCUCUACAAUGGCUCCUUAACGACGAAGAGGUCCCGACUCGUUUUCUGCUCCAGUAUCAACCCGAGAAACUCAGCCAGGGACGCUUCCGGACAGCGCUCGGACUGCAAUUCAUUGUUCGAGCGGGACAUUUCCACAACGAUCAGCUGCAAUUGAAAUGUAUCGCCGAGGUGGACGGACCUAAACGACCUCACGUCAUCCACCGUUCUCCGGAUGGCUCGAGAUGGCGGCAGCAGCAACAGCAGCAACCACAGUCAAUCUACGACAACAACCUAAGUCAGUAUUCCGCGAACUCGGUGUCGGCACGGGCGGGCUACAACACUGUACUCGACUCGAUGACGACGUUGUUAGUGUCGGCCUUGACGCUACUGCUGACGUCGACGAAAUAUCGUUCAGUCGCGUGAAUGUUUCUCGACAACAUAGAUCAAACUUUCUUGUCGUAUCUGUGAAUGUGUAAAUAAUACGAUCGAUGUUAGGAGACGCACUACGUUCCGAAAGCAUAUCGACUCCCCUAUUCUCGUCCGCAUAUCAUUUACAAUAC